UGCUGCACACUGGUUUUCAUUUCCGCAAGAUGGGUCAAACGGUAACGUUCGGAUGGACCGGGGGUCUGGGAUUACUGUUUGCAAUAGUCACAUGUGUUCAUUGUAAGUGCACCGUUAUCCCAGCAAAAAUUGAAACAACUUAUACAGGUCGGGUACGUCACUACUGCGUUCACAAUGUCACCAACGGAAACGCCUCCGUAGAAAUUGAACUUCUCCUGGAUUCUAAGUUUGAAACACGUGACUGUCAAAGAUGCUCGUGCAGUCGCCUAGGACUAACUUGUUGUGGGUAUGGAGUGGCUUCUCAUGAACCCAUUCACGUACCAAAAGGCUGUCAUCCGGUGGCGGACGGAUGCAAAAUCGCUUUGAUCUCCGACAUUGACAAUGUUACGGACUGCUACAGCAUCGGACCAGCGGCGGAGGAGCGUCGCCGAAACGAAAUGAUGAGUGGAAUGGCCAGACGUAUAGCUCUCCAACAAUAUCCACAAGCAAUGCAGUUUUGGCGAGGACUCAAUCCACCCCCCGUUAACCCUAUCGAUGUCCUUCUAGGCGGUGGAAGAAGAGCACCAAGUGGGCGCGCAGCAGAACGACCCGAGGGACUAAUGGAGUCCUUCCUAUUAAUGAAUAUCUUUGGAGGCGGAAUGGAUUUUGGUGGCGGAAGUGGAGGUCGGUCCCGACGUCCAUCACAUGGCGUUGGGAGUACAAUUGGACACAUGGGAGGUGGCGGACAAAGUAUGGAUGGAUUCGGUAUGGGGAUGGGCGGUAUAGGCGGACCUCUCCUUGAAUCUCCCUUAGGAAUGGGAUUUUUGUUUUCCUCGUUCAUGAACUAGAUUUAA